AUGUCAGUUUUUAAUGAGUUAUUACCCAAAAUCAAAGAGAUAUCUAACGCAUUCACCAAGAAUUUCAAUGAAGACCUAAAGGAAUCUUUAAAGUGUUUUGAUAAAUUUGAAGAGGAGUUUCAAAAUGGAAAGAGCCGAACGCGGGAGAAGGCACUUAAAGACAAAAGUAUCCUGACAACACUCCAGAGCAUCAACGAAGAUGAAGUUGAAUCGAAUAAUACCCCAGAGGAAAAACCAAAACGUAAAUCAAGCAUAAAACCUGAUGGUGCUGAUGUGCAGAGCAAUACAGAGGAUGAAACACAAAGGGCAUCUAAAAAGCGUAGCAAGGAUGAUGUCGAUGACAUGUCUAGUCCGGAGCAGGAAAAAAGGCAAAAAAGAAAUGCAUCUGUUAAAGCACAGAGUAUAAUUAGUAAACAGGACAAAGUAAAUGACAAUGUGCUGACUGAGAACAACAUUAUAGAUUUAAUGACACCAAAAAGAGUGGUCAAUGUCAACCUAAUGCAAAAGCUACGCCGUGAGGACUCUUUGGAGAAGAAUCAGUCGAGGUCUAAACGACGUGACAAGGAUGAAGAAAAGGAGAAUACUGAACCUGUUGCCCCCCUUGUCCAAGUUAAACAAGAGAAAAUCUCUCUUCCACCUGAACCAAUGGACCAGGAGUCGUUGCCAAUCAAUGUCGAAGUUAAACAGGAACUAGAUAAGGAUGAAAUUGCUAUGCCCCCACCUGCUGCGCCCGUUCCAAAACCCAGGAGGGCUGUCCAAAAGGAGAAAUCAGAGGAUUCGCUAGAAGAGGACACCGGAAAGAGACGCACCACGAGAACAAGAAAACCAAAGCGAGACACAGAAGUUGACACAACCAUCCCAAUUGCACCCGUAGCGUCUUCGCGGUCUACUCGCGCCAGCUCCAGGGCAACCAGGCUGGCAGAGGCUGAAGAGGCUCCAAAAGACUCCAGGCCGAAGAGGACAAGGGGCAGGAAGAAAGUGUCAGAGAGCACAGCUGAUACCGACAAGGACUCGCAGAGCACACAAGACAGUGGAAUUGGAUCUCCCGCUGAGAAGCCGAGACCAAAGCGAACUAGAAAAGCACAGAAAGCCGCCGAGGGUGAGCUUCCAAAGGAGGGACCGCCCAAAGAACCGGAGACGGCAUCCCCCAAGGAGACGAAAUGCCAAGCCGACGUCAGCUCGCCGAUCCUGCAGCACAAGGCGAAAAUCAACCUUAAGACCAACGCAAAAGCGUCCACAUUGCAGAACGGCGAGAGCGAACGUAAAGAGGCCGAUGCGAAAAUGAACUCUAAUGCUGAGGCGGCAAGGGACAAAAUCGACGGGCGGGACGCGGCCCUGGACAGAACGCACACUAUCAACGGCGCCCUGGACACGACUGUCGUCCUGCCCAACGGAGUUUACGACCAUGCGCCGAUCACGCCCAAGAACGUGCGCAACAUGAACGAGACGGUCGUCAUAGCGACUAGCAACCGAGAGACCAUUGUUCUAGAUAAGACGAAGAACCUAGCGAUGGAAGCCACCGUUGUGCUGGAGAGACUGCCUCAAGCCACAAACUUGACAGAGGACAAUUCUCUGCUGACGGACGACGAAGAACCCAACGAAGCAACAACUCCCCAAAAACAACCCCCUAACAAUCAACCCAGUUCGGCCGUCAAGGAGAAGGUGCAGCAGUUUGAACAAUUGGCAUCAAGGAUAACUAGAACGAAGACCCGCGCUAUGGUUAAGAAGGACGAGCCAGCCGAGAAUCAAACUCCACCGGACAAAGUAUCCAAAGUGGCCCUAUCAACUGAGACUCUUACUAAGAUGAACAGCAUGAUCUUCAAUGGGAAGGCAUCACAGAUAUCGAGCUCCGCGUCAAAACCGAAGUCUAACAUUCCUACUAUGAAACCUCUCCCGUCGUCCACUUCAAAGUUGAGCGGCAUUAACAAGGCUAAGGAGGCGGCGGAGGAAUUCCAGAAGAAAGAGAAGGAGGACGCGAGAAGGAAGAAGGAGGCACUAUUAGAGGCCAAGAGGGAGAUGCAAAGGAAGAAGAGAGAAGAGAAGAUGGCGGCGGCCGCAGCGGCGAGAGAGGCAGCGGAGAGAGAGAGGCAGGCCGCCAUGGAGGCUGCUGCCAGGGAGAGGAUGGAGAAGCAGGCGCAUGCCGACCAGGGCAAGCUGGAGAGGCUCAAGGAGACGGAGAGGAGGAAGCAGGAGCUGGCGCGCAAGGCGGCCGAGACGGAGGAGCGGCGCCGCGCGGAGGAGCAGGCGCGCGCGCAGCGGCUGGGCCGACGAGAUGCGCCGCGCCGACGCGCUGCGCCGCAAGCAGAUGCACGAGGCCGAGGCGUGAGCAUCCCUCUCUCUUAUCUCUGCGUCUCUCUCCCUCACUCCGUCUGCGUCUAUCACGCGAGGGACGCGUCGUCA